CAUACGCCGCGAACUAAACUCCAACCUCCUGCAAUAUCACCAAACCGAUAAACCACACGACCGGCGAGCCUAAUCUGACCUAUAUGUGACCCGGUGCGGACGUCACAUAGUGGGCUUCGAGUGUGCACCGGGAAAACGGACCUGCAGAUCGUCGACGAACCUUGGCCUUAGGCUGGUCGGCUACGUCGCGGCGCGUUGAGGUGGAAACUCGAGUAUUUUUGAAAUUCUGAUAGUGAGAAGUGUUUUUUUUUUUCUAUUUUAAUUUGGCGAUCUAGUGCAGUGCGAUGCUGUGAUUAGGAGGGGGGUGUACAGUGAGGACAAGUGCGGAACUUUGCGUUCGUUUUUCUCGUAGAAUUUUCCGGGGAAGAUGUUGAAUUGUACGGAUCUGGAAUGUAUCUUGCACCACCAUCACUACUACGCUCAUUUACACCAUCUCAAGCAUGGGACACACGUGGAAGAAGCCAUGUCGACAGAAACGGAGGGAGGAUUCAACGAGGACUCGAUCCAGGGCCUUCUCAAUGACACCGAUUCUGAACUAUCCAGUCUGUCUCAUCUCGAUGCACCGAACGAGAGCCUGUACAUGAUUGGAGGGGUAUGCGUCGCUAUGUUUAUGGUGGGUGUCAUCAUCGUGUUGUUAGCAGUUACUAUAAGCAAACUGAGGAAGAGGGAGGAGCACACCAACUCCGUUCACCCCGUAACCGACGUUGUGCUGCAGACGACGCCGGCCGCCACCCACAUCUCGGCCGCCAUCCAGCCACCUCCGCCACCCCAGGUUCUUCAGUCGGACCUCACCUACCGGGGGCAGUUUCUGUGGACGCAACCCCCGCCGCCCACGACGCAGUACCUGUACAAUCACGACCAGGAUACGCUUGUACAAAACCUGCCCGCAGAACGUCCCGGGUUCGUUCGCGGCUUCCGGAAGAACCUAGGAGGUAGAUGGAGACGUCUCGUCAAGAGGAAACCCCCGACGGAAGUGUACACCAUUCCAGCGGAGCUGAAGCCCCAGCUCAAGCAGAUCUACGUAUACUAGCCCUGCGGUCGGGUCCACCGGACUCGGAUCCGGCCAGCCUGUCGGCCUUCCUCCAUGAGACUGAUUACUAUUAUAUUAAUUUCUACUCCUGAUCUUUGACAAUGAAGAUUUAGUUUAGUUAGUCCUGUACAUAUUGAUACUAGGUUAAAUUGACUAUAGCGUUUAGUUGAUCUUAUACAAUCUUGUGAUUUUUUUAAAAAAAAGAACUUGGGCACCGCGGUCCGAUUUAUCCGGACGGGUUGCGCCGAUUUUUUAUCUAGUAAAACCGAGACGCUUCUGUAGGCGAGAGCAUGGACGUGUAUAGUACGAUUUUUGGCUCAUAUUGAGCUCAGUUACGGACGUUUUGGAAUCUCCCAGUAUGCUGUAGCGAAUUCUUUAAGAUUAUUGUAGAUUUUGAGGUAGAGCGGCCUCAAUGCUAGUCAGAUACUGCUAAUAAUUAUGUCGGAAGUUGAAUUUCGUUGUAUUGAGUAAAUUAUUAUAGUCAGUAUUAUAAUUUAUUGUCUAAUAGCACACGAACCUCCAAAUUUCUAAACAGCGAGAUUAGUUACCCCCUGACCAGGCCCUUCAUUCAAAUAUUUAUGAUUGUGAAGCAAUAAUGUAUAUACUGUGCAAUAAAUUGUUACUUUUUGA